AUGAAUUUACCACUGAAUGCAUCUAAAAGUGAAUGCUCCAUAGAUGUUCCAGUUACAAUACUUAUUGGGAAAUACGAAUACGCAAUAUUGUUGAAUGUUAUCUUCAAUAUCGGGCUCACGUUCACAGCAGCUGUGGGAAACAUUUUGAUUAUUCUCAGUUUUAUGCUGGUUUCGUCUCUGCGUACAACAUCGAACUAUGUCCUGUUUGGAUUGGCCCUGACUGACCUUGGUGUCGGCCUUAUCGUUCACCCAUUGUAUAUACUGGUGUUAUAUCGAGUCUACAAAAAUACCAUUCCUGAUUGUAAUAUCGUGACUGCCUACAGCGUAUCGACGACAUUUUUUGCCGGUGUCUCGCUGUUAUACAUCACAUUUAUUGGUUUAGAUCGAUUUCUGGCGAUUCGGCUGCAUUUGAGAUAUCCACUACUUGUCACCGAAAAACGAGUCAAUCUAGUGCAGUUGUCUAUUUGGGCGACUAACGCCUUACUUAGCUUGGUUUGGAUGGAAGGGUUCCAUGUGUAUUCAACUCUUGGAGCAGUUGUUAUAGCAAUUUCACUGGUGGCUACAUUUGCAGUAUAUAUCAAAAUUUACCUGGUUGUGAGGCGCCAUAAAGCCCAAAUCCGCGAUCAAAUGGAAGCACAGAGCGAACAGAGCGAAACAAAUCGAUUGAAAAAACAAAGGAGAUCCGCAAUAAACACGUUCUACGUAUUUUUUGCCUUCUUGGUAUGCUACUUUCCCUUUUUCGUGACCACAGCUGUAAACAAGAUCUCUAGCGGUGCUCCAAACGUUAGUGUGGUUUUGAUAUACGAGUUCACUGUAACACUAAUGUUCUCCAACUCCUCUUUGAAUCCAGUAAUGUACUGUUUACGGCUUAGGGAUUUUCGAAUCGCCGUCAAGAGAACUUAUCGUCGCAUCUUUUGUCUGGAUGCUGCAAGCGAAUGAAGCUAUCAAAGCCUAGCUGUCUGGUACAGUGUGCUCGUGUUUUUGGUUUUCUCCUAAUAUUAUUCCAUGACCAUGCACGAAUUUAUUUAAUAUUUUCUUAUGAAGAUUUAUUCUAUUCCCUGAGAGAAGUUUCUGUAACUGCCUUUGCGGAUGAUAUUUAGCCAUAUGAUUCAGAUAAAUAUCCUGCGAUAUUGAAAGCGAGGCUGCACAAAGAUCUUGGGAUCGCUGACAAAUGGUUUGCCAAUUAACGGUAUUAUUGCCAAUGGACAAUUGGAAAUCAUUUCAAACUCUAAGCUUUUGCAAUACUCGAACAGUAAUUUACGUACAAAAU